AUGUCUCCGCUGCUUCGCCUUCCUCCAGAGCUCCGCAACCACAUCUACGGCUUCGUCUUCAGCGAACACAUACAUCGAAUCAGCAUCGCAAACCGCAAGGCCGACCGUCUGCACGCCGCCACCAAAACCCUUGCCUCCCUGCGACUUGGUCGCCACAUCUCCCACGACGCGAGAAUCCCGCCGUGCACAGCAUCAACUUCCACUUUCGUUCGCGACUUCCCACUUCCGACUUCCGACUUCAUCGCUCUGUGCGACACGGGCAAUGUCGCCGUCGAUUGCAUCCCACGCCCCGUCCUCGACCGCCUGGAGUCUCAGCCCGCCCUGUGGAUUGGAAAGCUCGACGUCGUUGGCUUCGUGGCUGGACGCGCUGGGUUCGGGCGCGUGUCGGUAACACAAGGUCGCGGGCUGCAGAGACACUGCGCACCACACGGCUGA